AAUCAACUUCAAUUUAAUAUAUUGUGGCCAUUAGUGAACUGUUUAUCUACGAGGCAACACAAACACUGUGUCCGCUUCGCCUAUAUAACAAAUAGUUUAAUUCAGUGUUUGAGGGAGAAAUUUCGGUGAAGUGAAGUGGUAACACUGAUUAAAAUAAGAGUCGCCGAUGUGACACUUAUGACUGAUAGAAAUAUACGAGUGAGCUUGUAAAUAAAUAAAUAUAAUUAUGGCUGAUCCAUUAAGUUUACUUCGUCAAUAUAAUGUUAGUAAAAAAGAAAUCAUUGAGAGAGAUGGACAAAUAAUAUUUGGGGAAUUUUCAUGGCCCAAAAAUGUAAAAACCAAUUAUUUGAUGUAUGGAUCGGGAAGAGAAGGAGACAAGGAAUAUUACACUUUGGAAUGUUUACUUUUCAUUUUAAAAAAUACAAAUUUAACACAUCCAGUAUAUGUACGAGAAGCAGCUGGAGAAAAUAUACCAGUUGUGAGGAGACCUGACCGUAAAGAACUAUUAGCAUAUUUAAAUGGAGACACCUUAACUUGCUCUGCUAUUGACAAGAGUGCCCCACUUGAGCUUCCAACACAAGUAAAAAGAUCUGCUGAUUAUGAUGCGUCAGAUAUUCCAUCCAAAAAGCCUCGUUUGGAGGAUUCACAUGUUCAAAAAGUUCGAGAAAAACUUGCAGCAAGGCUUGAUGCACCUAAAGAAUCAACAGUUACUGUCACGGAUAACAUAAAAUCUUUAUCAGAGGCUAUGUCAGUUGAGAAAAUUGCUGCAAUCAAAGCUAAACGUUUAGCAAAGAAAAGAACAACAAUCAAAGGUAAUGAUGACAUAGGCCAGGAGUAUGAUAUCAAAGCCAUUCUAGAAUUUGACGUUGAUAUAACGAAAGAUAUAAUCAGUAGGGAAAGACAAUGGAGAACUAGAACCACUAUUUUGCAGUCAACCGGCAAAACGUUUGCCAAAAAUAUCCUUGCAAUGUUACAUAGUAUUAAAGCUAGAGAAGAAGGAAGACAUAGACCAGUGCCUCAAGCUCCUAUCAUAACUCCUCGUCAGACUCCUAUUAGACCUGCUGCACAACCAUCAGUAUACAGCAGGUACGACCAAGAAAGGUUCAACAGACUGAAAGAAGAAACUGAGGGAUUCAAGAUCGAUACUAUGGGAACCUAUCAUGGUAUGACAUUAAAAUCGGUGACUGAGGGAUCUGCAAAAGCUAAGCAAAUGCCCCAGCCUCAAGCGCCUGUAGCUGCAAGCAAUAACAGGCCACCACAAAGUGGCAUUCCACCAAAAAAAGUAUCUAGGACACCUAUCAUUAUCAUUCCUGCUGGAGCCAAUUCGUUAAUAUCAAUGUACAACGUGAAGGAUAUUUUGCAAGAUUUGAAAUUUGUUACAGUGGACCAAAAGAAAGCUGGAGGUGGUAAGAGAGAUAGUGAAGUACUGAUUCAGAGAAGAAGGAAUGAUCAAACCGUUCCUUAUCGCGUGGUAGACAAUCCAGCCAAGUUGCGUCCCAGCGAUUGGGAUAGGGUGGUUGCAGUUUUUGUUAUGGGUCCAGCUUGGCAAUUCAAGGGUUAUCCCUGGGAGAACCCUGUAGAAAUUUUUGCAAAAGUUGCUGCUUUCCACUUGAAAUACGAUGAAAUGAAGAUAGAUGCUAAUGUUGCAAAAUGGGCAGUAACGGUUAUUGAAUUAUCCAGAACUAAACGGCAUUUAGACAGAGCUGCACUGAUGGUAUUUUGGGAAAAAUUAGAUAAGCAUAUAAUGCAGUUCAAACCUCAUCUUAGAUUCUAAGGAAAUACAAUUUUGACUUGUAAAAUAGAAGAUUCAAAAUGAAAAUUAAAUUUGUUAGUUUUUA